CGCUCUUACCGCUUUAUGAACAUGUUAUUGAAGUUGUUUGAUCUGACGCAAUGGUAGACAGGAGUGUAGAGUAUCCKUAUGAGACUGUCAACCCUUUACCAAGGGAUUAUGAAUGCCCAAUAUGUCAGAUGUUACUGUGUGAACCCCAGCAAAUCGUGAAAUGUGGACAUCGGUACUGCAUGAAAUGUUUAGAACCUGUUUUAAGGCAAGAACAACCUCUUUGUCCUUUGGAUCGACAAGAAAUAGUGGUUGACGAGGUGUUCACAGACCAGGCUUGUAAACGAGCUAUCUUAGUAUUAGAAGUGAAGUGUUUAAAUUCAAGUAAAGGGUGUCCAUGGACCGGUGAACUCUCAAAUGCACAGAACCACCGUGAUAAAUGCCCGCUGGAGAGAAUCUCAUGCUCCAAUUACAACUGCGAUAAAGUUGUAGAAAGAAAAGAUGAGCUGAAGCACUCACAAGAAGAGUGUAUUUGGCGAAAUAUCCAAUGCGAGCACUGCACUGAAUACUAUUCUUUGUGUCUGAAAGAGGAUCACAUCAUGACGUGCCCGUUAUUCCCAAUGUCUUGUACGAAUCAAUGCAAUACCAAAGCCAUCCCAAGACGAGAGAUGAACGAACAUAUUAAGAACUGCUGUCCACUGGCCGUCGUAGAGUGUCCUUAUACUGAUAUAGGAUGCAAUAUCAAGAUGAAGCGAUCCGAAUUGCAAAAGCACCUGGAGUUAUCCGUUCAGUCACACUUGGACUUUACCUACCAGCGUCUGAAGGUGGAAGAACUCCAACAAAGAGAACUAAAUUGUGAAAUGCAGAAGAAAUGGGAAGAGGUGGAAGAAUUGAAAGAACGGAUUUUUGAGCUGGAGAGACAGCCAACUAAAUAUGACGGAAGGUUCUUAUGGCGCAUUAAUAAAUAUGACCAACGACUAUCGGAUGCUAGACAGGGGAAAGAAAGAUACUUAUACAGCGAUCCAUUCUUCUCAGGAAGGUACGGUUACAAAUUUCGAGUUUGUGUGGGAUUCAACGGCGAUGGUGAUGCCAAAGGGACGCAUGUAUCGGUGUAUAUUAAUCUAGUGAGAGGGAAAUUCGACGCGUUACUACCAUGGCCAUACUCGACUAAAAUUGUAUUCACAUUAAUGGAUCAAAGACAUGAUGAAAACGAAAGAAAGAAUAUUGUGAUGGAYAUCAUUCCUGACACUACCCUAGAGGGUUGGCAAAGACCCAAAACAGAUCAAAACCCUGGCGUUGGUAUUUGGAAGUUUGCUAAACACGAGAAUAUCAAAAACAAAGGAUUUUUGAAAGAUGACGAGAUUUUUCUCAAGGUUGAAGUCGAACCGUUUGAUUUACUAAGGAAAGACUGAUYGUGACURGCUACUCAACAGGAGAGUGGAGUCUAACUUUUUGAACUGAAAAGAAUCUGUAGUGUUUACACUGGUACUUGAGCAGAAAUCCCAAGGUAUCAACAGUAUUACAUCAUGUACACUGUACUGUCUCGUUUGUACCAUAGAAAUCCAACAUGUACGUCACCAGARGCUAGCAAUGAAUUGUGGGAAGGUCCAGCAUUGGCUGCUGGGUAARCACUUGCUGGUUACAAGAUUUCUAGUCGACCAAUAACAGCUGUUCACAAUGAAAACAUGRCCURGCCACAGAAAGUCCACAAUUGGUAUGUUAGAAGUAGCGACUCAAACCAUUAAUGGURCAACUUUUAAUCAAGGUUUAAAGUAGGUGUUAGGCAAAACUGUUCUUAUGAAGUGUAGCAUGUGAAAUUGUAAAUUCUUAUUUCUAGAAUAAAAUAUAACUCAUGUAUCGAACUAUUCGCCAAUAUUCAACAUUGUAAACUGGUUGAGACAAUAUCAAGAAAUAUUGACGGAUAGUUUGGAAAAAGUCAGCACGUAGUAUUGUCGGGAUACACAUAUUCUUCUAGUUUCUAAAUACUAGCCCUAAAGGGACUAGCCGCCUAUCUUUGUAGAUAUUAUCGAAUUAAAAAAGGUUUGUAUUGCAAUUUUCGUGAGUUUUGAGAAAAGCGUUGAAUAAAGUGAAAGCAAUUAACGACGACUAGUAGAA